AUGGGCAGCUCUCAAAACUGGGUUUGUUGGCACAGAAAUAGACAUGUAAUCAUUCCCAUCCUACUGGUUUUACUUUCAAGCUUCAGUGAUCAUUUCAGUUUCAUAGCACAAGCUACUAGACCAAUCCCAACCAAGCUACCUGACGUUGCCACAGGAGAGCCUGUUUUGAAUGAAGAAGAUACAGGCAGAGGGGAAAGGUUCGACGCUCGUCAAAUAGGGUCAAGGCCGCCGCAAUGCCGGCGGCGUUGCGGUAGUUGUGGGCAUUGUGUGGCGGUGCAGGUCCCGGUGGCACCCCAAAAACGAAGUAGCAGCCCUGCUGCUUCUACUAGUGAAACAAGCCCCAAGAGGACGGCUUAUUCCAGAGGAGGUGACGACUUGUCGAAUUAUAAACCCAUCAGCUGGAAAUGCAAGUGUGGAGAUUUGUUCUUCAAUCCAUGA